AUGCCUUCUAUCCAACAUGAGCUCGCUUGUGAACAAGGUCGAAAUUGGAAAAACGAGUUGCUCGAGGGAUCUCUAAGGCUAGUAGACCUUUGUGGUGUUUCUAGAGACAUUGUCCAGCUAACAAAAGAGUCUGUACAAGAUCUUGAGUCCUCCCUCAGGUGGAACAAAAUUGAGACAACCACAUCAGAUGAUGUUAGUGAUUAUGUGGAGUCGAGAAAAAAGAUCAACAAGAUGGUCAACAAGUGCAUCAAGAAGAACUUGAAGACCUCAAACAAAAACACAGCAUUACUCUCACCCAUUGGGGCUAUGCUAAAAGCAGCAGAGUCCCUUGAUUUAUCAAUCCUCAAGUCUGCAUUGAUGGUCUUGUCCGGGAAAAAGGAGUCAUUGGGCGAGAAAAGAUGGUCGGCAGUGCUUUCAAAGAUGACUCAAACGAGACGAGUAGAUUCUCAGAUGAAGCAAGAAAGUGAAGCUGAGGAUCUUUAUAUGUUGAACGUCGACGACAAGUCACUGAAAAACGUGGACAGUACCUUGUUGAAGCAGUUAAAAGCUUCAGAAAUGACCAUUCAAGAAAUUGAAGAGUGCUUGGAUGCCUUGUUCACAUGUUUAGUGAAAACUAGAGUCUCUCUCCUUAAUGCACUCAGCCUUUGA